AUGUUUACUUCAGACCAACACAGUCUUCCUCUCAACCGAAAAACAACUGAGUUUGGAAAAGAACAAUACUGACAGAGAGCAGAAGGUCCGUUUACACCAUGUGGAAUUUGGACAUCUUUACUGGAUGUAUCGGGCUGCUUGCCGUCCAUUUCAUUGCCUUUACCGUUGGUCAAAGAUCUUUGGCUUGCAACUUGCCCAUGGAUGAAGGACAAACUGGAGAUAACCCAUCUGUGAAAUUUUAUUACAAUCAAACCAGUGACCGGUGUAAGAUUUUUGCCUAUAGAGGAGCUGGAGGAAAUGCGAACCGUUUCUUCACAGAUAAACAUUGCAUGAGGAACUGUUCCAGCCUGGCAGGUGACAUCUAUCCCGGUGAUGACCGAGCUUGCUUGCUGCCAAAAGAUCCUGGAGAUUGUAAAGGACGUUUGUUGCUUUAUUACUUUGACAGUGCAAAGAAGAAAUGCAAAACCUUUUUGUACGGAGGAUGUGGAGGAAAUGGAAACAGGUUCUUCCGCCUUGAUGCAUGCAAUUCACUUUGUAUCAGUAAAAUGGGAGGACCACCUGUUGAAGAUGAAGACGAAUCGGAAGUGGAUGAAGGUCUAGCGGUGGGACUGGGAAUGGGAUGUGCCGUCCUGCUCACUCUUGCUGUUGCACUUGCAGUGUUUUUCACACAGAGGAAGAAAAGGGUCAAUAAGCCGGCAAGAAAAUCUCAUGAAGAGCCACUGAAUAAAGGAAUUGAAAUGCGAUAAAAUGAAGGAAAUAGAUAAUAAAUCUAGCUCACUAAUAAAGAAUGUUUUUUGGAACACUUCAAUAUAAUUAAGUUG